UGUUUGUCAGACUCAAAUCCGAGGGAGAGGAGCUAGCCGCCAUUUUCUAAGCGUCUCUCCCUAAAAGCAGGGAAAAAGGUUCGCGACAAACUGCCAUCUGGAUUACACUUCUCUCACUGGGAAUCGGGAUUUUCGCCGCAGGAGUGCCGUCAAAUAGCGUACAUGUAAACUAAUUUGGAGUAGGAAGGAGUGUUUGACGGCCUUGUCUUAUAUCACUGUGGCGGCGAGGCGAGCUAGCUCGCGAGCAAGGUGUAGAUCGUUGAUUCGCCCAUUGCUGAAUCCGGAACGAAGCCGCGCGGCUCCUCGAACCGGACCUUUGACGCAAUCGGGCCGCAUUUUUGGAUUAAUUCAUGGCUGACUAGUCGAAUCCGACCUCGUUUGGUGUGUUACCGCCGUGGGUUUUUUCCACCAAAACUGCAGGGGACUGUUGCCGAAAUUCCCUCGGAUAGUGCAACCUCGUCACGUGGCUGUCCUCAGGUGGGGCAGUAAGCGGGUGGAGUGGAGCAGGCCGCGGUGCCCGUCCCUCUGCACUGCAUGGCUGCGAUGGCGCCCGCUCUCACCGACGCCCCAGCUGAAGCUCACCACAUCCGCUUCAAACUGGCUGCCCCAUCCUCAAGCCUCUCGCGAGCCAGUGGAGAGAACAACAGUAACGCCAGCAACAUCCUCAUCCACAGCAGCGGCCCCGCUAAGUGCAAGGUCACUUCUGAAGAGUGCCCCCUCGACUUUUGUGGUGGUGAUCAGGAACAGCAGCAGCAGCCUCAAGCAGACUCUGUGUCUCAGGCCUCUGCCCUGGGAAAACUCCAGCCACUGGUGGCUUCCUAUUUAUGCUCUGAUGUGCCACCCGUCUCUGCAACUAAGGAGUCAAUCAAGCUGCAAGGAGUCAUUCUUAAACAGUCCGUGUUGAAAAACCACAGAAUACUGCCCACCUCCCUGCUCAACGGUGGGGGAGACUUCAUCUUGAGGAAGAGGCAGGCAAUCGAGCUCUCUGGUGGACAGUUAAAAAGCCUCAUGAGUGGCAGCACCAACGGAAGUGGCCAGCCCAUGGCACCUGUCAAUGGUCUGGCCAAGAAACUUGCCACUGUGUCAGGCUCUAGCUGUGUGGUUGCAGUGAAUGGUGAUAAGCCCGCUGCUGCUGCCACGGACUCCCAGUCCCAGAACAUGCCGCUGGAGUCGGAAACCAUAUCAGGGCAUACUCCUGUGAAAGGAACCCUCAAACAGAAGCAUUCCACAGAGGUUUCUCAAAACACAGAUGGAGAAAAUUUUGAAUCACCAGUGCUUCAUUCUGCUGCACUUUCCCCUCUUACCUACGACAACUCAAACUCCUCUGAACAGUUAAAUUUGGAGGAAUCUGGUUCACAUGCACCUUUCAGACAGCUUCAGGGUUCUGACAGAGAGAGACCGGGUAGCAGCCAUCAGGGCUUUUCGCCUUGCACCACAGCGCCGCAGCCUCCUCUGCCCGGUGGUUCAUGCACAGACGGCCUUGAUGCUCAAGUUAAACAACGUACACUUCUCAACAGCAGCCGCCAAGCAGAGAUUGAAAACAGGUUACGGCGCCUGCGCAAACGUCUGCAGGUGGUACAGGCUAAGCAGGUGGAGCGGCACAUUCAGCAGCAGCUGGGCGGCUUUUUGGACUCGGCCCUCAACAGACUACUGGUUGGUAAUCGUAAAACAGAGGCUGUCACUCCUUCAACUUCAUGGAGGACCGGGCGGCAUUCUUCCUCCAACAGCAGAGAUUGCCUCAGUCGCUUUCUGAAAAGUGGCUCCAUGCCCUUGGAACUGGAGAGGCUGUAUUUGAGUGGAACAGCAAACCUCCAUUCAGCUGAAAGCGCCUUUGACUCAGAUGUAACAGAAAGUAGUUCUGGUGGGGACUCUGACCUGGAGGAUGAGGAGCUGUCCAGAGUGGACAUUGAGCAACGGCAUGUCAAAAUAUGGAAACGAGCAGAGAGCCACUAUGCUGUGGAAAGAGCUGCUAUCAUCAGCCACUGGAAUUGGCUUCAGGCCCACAUCUCGGACCUGGAAUACCGCAUCCGGCAGCAGACCGACAUAUACAGACAGAUCCGGAGCAGCAAGGGCUCAGUGGAGCUGGGAGGAAUCGCCCCCAGCAGUGUGCUUGCAGUUGGGACAGAAGUCAAGACAGAACCUUCAAAUACUCAGGAUGUUGGUUCAGAGCGGCUGGAGCACACAGGCCCCGCCCACCUCGCCAGCACAGAGCAGGGCACUUGGAGAGGUCAAAACGGACAGCCAGUUAACGGCGUCCUCAGCAGGAUGGCAGAAGGUGCAGACGGCAAGCAGCAGCAGCUGGCACAGGACAGCACGUGCGUGGCGGCCCGCACGCGACCGCUGGUCAGCUGUAGGCGGCGGCGGCUCAUUCAGCCAAACGCGGUGCCCAACCUCAAUGGCAAGAACCCGAGGAACAGCUGCUUUCAGUGUAACUGCCGGGUGAACCCCAGCUGUGUAAUGUGUGGUGGCUGGCCCACCCCCAAAGAGGACCCCCAGUUCGAGCUGCCCAACCUGGAGCGCCUGUCGAGACUGGAUCUUGGCAUCCACCCCAUCCUCUCCUUCCCUGACGACAUUAGUAUAGGUCUGCGUCUGCAGCAGAUCAUGAAGAGCCAGUGGCAAACGAAAUCCCUGGAGAGAAGCAAACCACUGAAGAAACUGUCCCUCAAACACAAGCUGUCCUCUUCCAAAGAGAAGCACAAGUUCACCAACUCACUCAUGGCAGUCAGGUUGGGUCACUAUAAAAACCGUGCUGAGAAGCAGAGGACUUUGGACGGCAACAUGGCAGGCGGCAGCGGCGGUGGCGGCUUGCUGGGUGCAGCCCGGCUGGAGGGCCAGGCCGGGUGCAAGACGGAGCGGCUGCACACCCUCUCCACCCCGUUAGGACCCUACGACAAGAACUACAGUCGCAAGAGACUACGAGAGCACUCUCUGGAGCGGACUGACUCCUCACCCAAACUUUUCAUGGACUUGAGCAACCCCUGCACAACACUGGCCAACAUGCACUCGACCCUUCAGAGCCCUCUGACACGGCAGCUCUCCACGUCCUCCGAGAACUCCACGCCGCUGGGCGCCGGCGGCCAGAGCGUCUCCAUCACGCCUCAGCAGCCAAUCAAGAGGAGGCGUGGAGAGAGCUCCUUCGACAUCAACAACAUCGUGAUCCCCAUGUCUGUGGCUGCCACCACCAGGGUGGAGAAGCUGCAAUACAAAGAGAUUCUCACACCCAGUUGGCGCUCGGCGGACAUUUUCUCACAAUCCAUAACUGAGGAGGAGAACGAGCGCGAGGUGGAGGACCUCUCGGAUGCAGCCUUCAUUCAGCUCCAUCAGCCCUACGAGGACCAGGAGCGCAGCCGCUGGACCUGGAUGGCGCUGGCUCCUGCCAAACGGAGGGGCAGCAGGUCAUAUAAGUCUGUGGAUGGGCGCACCACACCGCUGCUGUGUGGCACCAACCCUCCCACCCCCCAGCCUGCAUCCCCAGACCCCGGCCCGUACCCCCUGCUCCACGACUACAGUCAUGUGCCGUCUCCCAUGAGUCCGCCCAGCCCCGACACCUCCUCCAACCCCCAGACCCCGUGCUCAAGGGACUCCCACCGGCUGCUGUCCAACGAGGACACGCGAUGCUCAACGCCAGAUUUCACCUUUGAAGAGCGGACGGUCGCGCCGUGGGAGCGCCGCAGCUUCCCCCUGCCAGAAGACCCGGCACCAGAGCCCGAGGCGGAGCCCGACCACAUCAGGCCCAGAAUGCGCAGCAUCUCAGGUUGCCGAGCAACAGCUUGUGGACGCCUGGACUCAGACGACAUGGAGCUGCUGUGUGACGACGACAGCAGCUUCAAACAGCGGGCCUCCACCCACCGAUGAGCGCAGAGCCGAGGGAGGUGGCUCCGCCUACUCCUCCUCGCCGCUGCGCAGCUCCUCUCUGGCAUUAACAAGCAGAACCUCAAAGCAGAAUAAGAUAUAUAUAUAUAUAAUGGGUUCCUGUUGUUUGAUAUUCAAACAUCAGUCUAAUACUUUCACAGUUUUUAGUGAACAUUAUGAAGAUAGCCUUUCCCCACACUUGUUUUUGUCACAGCAAAAAAUAUAAAUGUAAAAAAAAA